UCCUCAUUUUAAUACAACACACAAAGUCAUAUAGUUUUCUCUUCUUUUUUUUCUUUUUCAUGGCAUCCAUAACAAAUAUCCAAGAAUUAACCAAAAAUGACGACAUAGAAAAACAAUCCAUGCAAGUAGACCAAAAUCUUGAGGUUGAAAUAGUAGAUUACUCAAAAAGAGCACAAUGGCUUAGGGCAGCAGUAUUAGGUGCAAAUGAUGGAUUACUCUCAACAUCUUCCUUAAUGAUGGGAAUAGGAGCAAUUCAUCAAGAUGCAAAGUCCAUGAUCCUCACCGGAAUCGCGGGGCUAGUAGCCGGAGCAUGUAGCAUGGCCAUUGGAGAAUUUGUCUCAGUUUAUUCACAAUAUGACAUAGAAGUGUCACAAAUGAAAAGAGAAAACGCGACGAAUUUGGAGGAAAAAAAGAAGAAUUUGCCUAGUCCGUUUCAAGCUGCAGGUGCAUCUGCUUUUGCAUUUGCUAUAGGUGCAAUUGUUCCUUUGUUGGCUGCUAUUUUUGUGAACGAUUAUCAUGUGAGGUUAGGGGUGGUGGUGGGUGCUGCCAGCUUGGCACUUUUAGGGUUUGGAGCGUUAGGUGCAUACUUAGGGAAAGCACCAUUGGUGAAGUCUUCAUUGAGAGUGUUGAUUGGUGGAUGGUUGGCUAUGGGAAUCACUUUUGGAUUGACUAAAUUAGUUGGUGUUACUGGACUCUAUGGUUAAUUAAAUCUAUAGACUUAAUUUGCCAUUACAUUUUUUUAUUGAAAUAAAUUAACCUACUACCUAGAUCUGUUGUUCCUUUUUUAGUUUUUGAUAUACUACUAUAACAUGUAUUUUGAGUGUUGGAGUUUUAGUCAGUUUGAUGAUAUGCAACAUGUAAUGAAAGCAUCCAUUUGUUA